GAGACACAGCACAAGCAACAUAAUAAGGGAGCUGCAUUGCCCACAACAGCAACCAAGCAAAUAACGUGCAAUAAGCCACGCUUUCCGGCCCCGGCCCCGUCCCCGUCGUCUUUGAUUCGGUUUGGUUCGGUUCAGUCAGUCGGUCGGUGGAUUGUUCAUUUUUGAAGGGGCGGUACGUGCGGCGGCGAACCAGUGAGGCUUAUUAUACAAAGAAAAGCUAGGGAUGGCCAGCUUUGUAGGAACCACACAGAGGUGCAUGGCCUGUGACAAGACGGUUUAUCUUGUUGAUAAGCUUACCGCUGAUAAUAGGAUCUUCCAUAAGCCUUGCUUCAGAUGCUACCAUUGUAAAGGCACCCUCAAGCUGAGCAACUAUUGUUCCUUUGAGGGAGUGCUGUAUUGCAGGCCUCACUAUGAUCAACUCUUCAAGAGAACUGGCAGCCUUGACAAGAGCUUUGAAGGAACUCCAAAAAUCACGAAACCUGAAAAGCCCACUGAAAAUGAGAAUGCAAAGUCAGUCUCCUCCAUGUUUGGUGGCACUAGAGAUAAAUGUGCAGGCUGCAUCAAGACGGUUUAUCCCAUUGAAAAGGUAACGGUAAACGGGACGGCGUACCACAAGAGCUGCUUCAAAUGUAGCCAUGGAGGGUGCACAAUAAGCCCAUCAAACUACAUAGCACAUGAGGGGAAGCUGUACUGCAAGCACCAUCACAUUCAACUGUUCAAGGAGAAGGGAAACUACAGCCAGCUUGAAACUGAGCGCCAAAAGGAGAAUUCAGUGCCAAUCAAUACUCUAGAUGCUAAUAAUCCAAUGGAGAUUGCAGCUGAAUCUUAGCCUCUUUUCUUAUUCCAACUCACAUUGUUUCCUUCAAACAAAAAACAAACCAAAAAUGUUUAAAAAGUCUUCAAUUUUGUUGCUUUUCCAUUUCUCUGUAAACUGGAUUCUUCUGUAUUCUCUGGAGGAAGGCAGUUUGUUGAUGUUUUCUUGAACAUUUCAACAGAUUGUUUAUAUCAUUCAAUAUCAU